AUGUUAACAAGACAAGACCAACUAAGAUGGUUUACCAAGUUUUUAUUUGCUGAAUGUGCUCGACUUUUUUCACCAACAUAUGAACCAGAAAAAGUUAUCAUAACAGCCAUGAUUCCAGAAGUUCCAACGGCAACUUGUCUUUUUCCUGCUAAUUUUACUGGUGAUUGGAUAAAUACAGCUAAUAUUGAUGCAAAAACAAUAAUUAAUUCAACACAUAUACAUGAAAUAGCACGAAUUAAUAAUCGGCAUUGGUUAAGAGAAACUUUUCAUGUUUGUCAACAAAGAAGUCGACAACAAUAUUUAAUUAAAUCAGUUACAACAGGAGAAUGA